UCUGUUAUGAUAAUAUGUUUUUGCAUUUUUAUCUGCAGUGAUUAAACAGAUACACUACAAUACAUGCAAGAUGGAAUUUUCUGACUAUACACAAAUUUUGUUCAAUAGAAUCAAGAAAAUUGAACCUGAAAAUGUCUCAAAGAUUAUAGGGUAUCUGCUUUUGCAAGUCCAUGGUGACCAGGAGAUUGUUCAGCUGGCUAUGUGUCCUGAUUCUGUUAUCCAGGAAGUAAUUUAUAAAGUCAAGGUUGAACUGCAAUGGCUGGUUGUUAAAUCAGGAUCACCACCUAUAUCCCCGGACUCGGCCCCUGGUUCAGAAUUCCCCUCACUGUUCUCUCCUUUUUCACCGCCUGUCUCCUCCAGGCCUUUUUUGUCUCCCAGAAUCACAUCUCCCUACUGGGAGCAACAACUAGCUGCCAAGCAUAACUCGGAUUUUAUGCCUUACUUGGAUUCUGUAUCUGAUCUGCAGACUCAAACUCAGUUCUUGAGCUUGGAGGAUCGAAUGGAGUCUGUGAACUUGGGAAAUGGUGGAUUUUCAAAUGAUUAUUGUUACUCAGAUGCUGCAUUGGGUAAUCUUGGUGUCAGGACAGGACGUCGACAUCAAAACCUGCCUGAAUUUCCAGUUAAGACUUGUCAUUAUUUCAACAAAGGGUACUGUAAGCAAGGAAGCAAUUGCAAGUACUUCCAUGGCCAUGUCUCGGAUAACUUCCCUCAAAUGUUUGACCAUAAUUCAGUGGAUGCUGUUAAUGAAGAUCCUGCUAUGUCACGUGAGAAGUUAGAGCUGGAAUUAGUAGAGCUCCUGAAAACAAAUAGAGGGGAUCCUGUUCCAAUUGCGUCUCUCCCAUUGUUAUAUUAUGAGAAAAAUGGCAAAGUUCUGCAGGCAGAUGGUUAUCUCACUGACAGCCAGAGACAUGGCAAAGCAGGCUACAGUUUGACAAAGCCUCUCGCUAGAUUGAAAGACACUUUUCGAGUAAUAGACAGGUAUGAUUUAUGAAUUAUGAUAAAAGAUGAACCCUGAGGAUUCAACUGAUGGACUCUUCUGUGAUUAAGUCACAGACCUCAUGGACAACAUUCUGUCAUUUUGGCUGAACAAGCACCCAAUUAUAUCGACAAUCGAAAUGAUAGAAAUGAUCCUGGUCCGGUUAUCAGUGGAUCGCGUCAGAUAUAUCUUACAUUCCCAGCUGAGAGCACCUUUAGUGAAGAUGAUGUAUCCAACUAUUUCAGGUAUAACAUGAUCUUGAAGCCUUUUUGCGGGCUUAUUUGCAGUUAUAUUAUUCAGUGUCCAAAGGUUUCUUAUUUUUCUUGUUGUUAAUUGCAGCAAUUAUGGACAAGUUGGAGGUGUAAGGAUUCCCUGCCAACAGAAACGGAUGUUUGGGUUUGUAACAUUUGUCACUGCAGAUACCGUGAAGAUGAUUUUGGCUAAAGGAAAUCCACAUUAUGUCUGCGGGGCUCGUGUUCUUGUGAAACCUUACAGGGAAAAAUCAAAGCUGGUUGACAGGUAAAUACAAUUGCUCCUCUUUUCCAUUUCUAGUGAUUUCUGUACCAAAUCCACUCCAUGAAUUGAAUGAAGAAUAUGAUAACCAAUGUUCUUUUCUUAAAAUAUUGUGGUUUCCUAAUCAUGCUGCAGCUCCGUCUUACUAUAGCGUUGGACUCCUGUAUUUGAUAGCACUUGUUUCGGAAGCUGGACUCAGUUGGCGGAUUCAGGAUUUUUUUUGAGGUGUCCACUUAUAAUAUACAUAAAAAACUACCGACUGAUUUACCAAUUUUGUCGAUCUAAAGAGUGUCCAUGGAAAAAAUUUAGGGGUGUCCAGGAAAAAAUUUUCUAAUAUUUCGAGAUGUCCUCUACUGGAUCUGCCACUAACUGGACUUCUUUUUUUUGCUUUCUUAAAUAUUUUUUAUACACGGUUGUUGGUGCUGGAUUGAUUGCAAACCACUCACUGUAAUUCUCAGUGUAAAAUCAGCAAAUUCUAUAGACUUUUCUAGCUUGUUUGCUUCAUUUCUGACAGUUUUAGAGAAGUUUAAUGAAAACAAUUCAUGUUUUUCAUGUUGCAUUGCAUCAUAAAAUAGCAAAAUCUUUCAGCAAGCAAGUGAUCAUCAUUUAUAAUGUUUGAUUUUCUUGCAGGAAGU